CGUGGCAGAGCUAAGCCGCCCUCCCGCGCCAGCCAGCUCCAAUGGCAAUUCCUCCGUCGUACGCAGACCUUGGCAAAUCUGCCAGAGAUAUCUUCAAUAAAGGAUAUGGGUUUGGGUUGGUGAAGCUGGAUGUGAAAACAAAAUCUGCAAGUGGAGUGGAGUUCACAACAUCUGGUUCUUCGAACACCGACACUGGAAAAGUUAAUGGGAGCUUGGAGACCAAAUACAAGUGGGCUGAGUAUGGGCUGACUUUCACAGAAAAAUGGAACACAGAUAACACUCUGGGAACAGAAAUUGCAAUUGAAGAUCAGAUUGCCAGAGGCUUGAAGUUGACGUUUGAUACAACUUUCUCACCAAAUACAGGAAAGAAGAGUGGUAAAAUCAAGUCAGCAUAUAAACAUGAAUGCCUAAACCUCGGUUGUGAUGUUGACUUUGACUUUGCUGGGCCUGCAAUCCAUGGUUCAGCUGUCUUCGGUUAUGAAGGCUGGCUGGCUGGUUAUCAGAUGACUUUUGAUAGUGCCAAAUCAAAAUUGACAAGGAACAACUUCUCUGUGUGUUACAAGACUGGAGACUUCCAACUGCACACUAAUGUCAAUGAUGGUUCUGAAUUUGGUGGGUCAAUUUACCAGAAAGUGAGUGACAAUCUUGAAACUGCUGUAAACCUGUCCUGGACAACAGGUAGCAACAGCACUCGCUUCGGUAUUGCAGCUAAAUACAAGUUGGAUUCCACUGCUUCUAUCUCUGCAAAAGUGAACAAUUCUAGUCUAGUUGGAGUGGGUUACACCCAGACCCUGAGGCCAGGUGUGAAGCUUACUCUGUCUGCCCUGAUAGAUGGGAAGAGCAUCAAUGCUGGUGGCCAUAAACUUGGUCUUGGCCUGGAAUUGGAGGCUUAAAAAGGUGAAGAAACUGCUGCAGAGAAGGGAUAUCAGAAGAAUUUGGCCUUAAAAUGUAUUUCCAAUGUGACCAGCAGGCUUUUUUUCCCAAGAAGGAUGACCUAGAACAAGAGCUGUAUUUGAAGUAUUUAGACAGUUACUUGUUAGCUGGUUUCUAGUUAAAUUGGUUACCCAUCUAGUUACAAUUCUGCAUUAGUGCAGUCACUUAAACAUUAUUUAAAUGUAUUUAACUGUUGAAUGCGCUACCCACAAAUAAUGAAAUAGACAUUUAUGAAAACUGUAAAAA